UCUGGUAUCUGUACUGUACCCGCGGCCCUGUGGAGCUCGUUCCCGGAACCGCCGCUGACUGUGUGACUAAGUGGCUGAGUGAAUAACCCCGCUGUAGUUCUCAGGCUGGUGUGGAUCACAGCAGGCUUCUCAGUGAUGGCGAGCAGACCAGCAGUGGUGAUGAGGUUGCUGGCCUCGGCCUACACCGUGGCUGAGAAAUCAGGAAAGAUAGUGAGGAGAGUCCUCCACAGUGGAGAUUUGGGAAUUGUUGAAAAGACAGGAGCUAAUGACCUACAGACACUGGCUGACCGGCUUGUUCAGAAGAGUAUAUGUGCUUCUCUGUCAAAGAGUUUCCCAAAAAUCACCAUCAUUGGGGAAGAGGAUCUCCCAUCUGAAGCAGUAGAAGAUGACCUGAUUGAGACUGGCCAGUAUGAUGUUAUAUUACAAAAGCAAUGUCCAGAUGAGUACAGCAGCUUAAAGGAGGAGGAGCUUGUUGUUUGGGUUGAUCCUCUAGAUGGCACCAAAGAAUACACUGAAGCUGCAAGGUUAAUGGACAGCCCAGUUGUCGUUCAGAAGCAGCUCCAGGUCCACAGAGCUCCGACCCGGCUCCUGGAUCACGUAACCGUGCUGAUAGGCAUUGCUUACAAAGGAAAGGCCAUCGCUGGAGUAAUUAAUCAACCAUUCUACAACUACCAGAUGGGUGCAGAUGCCACUUUGGGCAGGACUCUGUGGGGAAUCUUGGGUUUGGGUGCUUUUGGGUUUCAGCUUCAGGACGUCCCAGAAGGGAAACGGAUCGUCACCACCACGCGCUCACACAGCAAUAAACUGGUAAUAGAUACUGUUCAAGCCAUGGAGCCUCAUGAUGUGAUCAGAGUAGGAGGAGCUGGAAACAAGAUUAUUCAGCUGGUGGAGGGAAAAGCUUCUGCCUAUGUGUUCGCCAGUCCUGGAUGUAAAAAAUGGGACACGUGCGCACCUGAGGCGAUUCUGCAUGCUGUUGGAGGAACGCUGACAGACAUGCACGGGAAAGCGUACAGAUAUGAUGCUGAUGUAAAGCACAUGAACUCGGCUGGGGUGUUGGCGACGCUGAAGAAUCAUCAGUAUUACGCUAGCAGAGUGCCUCAGGCCGUCCUGCAAGCCCUCCAAUCUGACUGAACCUUCCGUCAGUCUGGCUUAGGGAAUCCGUGUGCCUUGUGGCUGGAAAGUCACCUACAGUCAUGCAGUCAUGAAACUGUCUGUCAAAUCAAAUUUAGUAGGACUAGGGCACACAAGCAGGAUUUUGAUUAAUACUUUUUGUAUUUUGUAUUUUUAUUAAGUGAAUCAUAUUGAUCAAACUCAUUCCAGCUGUUUUGAAUUUCAUAUAUAUAUCUGGACUGGGCAUAAUUUCACUAACUGAGCAAAUUAUGCCCCUGGUGAAAGGUGCUACUGUAUAUAACUCCAUUUAAGCUCAUCUUUGUGGCUAAUUGAUUACCCUAAAGAAUAUUAUUGUAUCAUUAAAUGACCAAAUACAUACCUGAAAAUGA